ACAUAACCCGCACUCCUCGCCUUCUCCGGUCAACACUCCGCCGCUCCGACACAGGUGCAUGCACGUCGGAGCUGCCCUGCGCCGCGCUACUCUCCUGCUCUCCUGUGCGUCCUCCACCGCUGCCGCUACUGCCUCUUCCGCCGCUCCCUUCUACCUCACGCAGAAUCCCUGCCUACCUUGCCUGCCUCCCGAAUCUCUCCUCUUUCUCCCCAAAAAUCGUUUCUUCUUCCUCCCGCCGCGUCUCCUGCUCGCGCCCACCCCGUCCCUCCUAGCGUUGAUGGAAGAAGCGUGGCCGGCCCUCGGCCCGGCGGUCGGCGACGCGGCCUUCUGCCCCCGCCUCCCCCCGGCGCCGCCGCCCCAGCACCCGUGGCGUGGGGCGCGGCCAUGAUGGCGCGCCGGGAGACGGUGGCCAAGGAGUCGUCCACGCAGGCGGUGAGCCAGGUCGUGUCCAGCUGCGCCAACUCGACCGGCCUGCCCCCGUCCACCCGUCGUCGAUGCCAACGCCAUCAUCUCGCUCGCCUCCACCGCGGGCCGGCUGGUCAUGGUGCGAGAGGUGCUCAAGGAGGUGCGCGAUGCCGCAGCGCUCUGGAGGCUCGCGCUCCUGCCCACCCCUGUUGAGACCAUCGAGCAAGAGAGUAGGGCCAGCUCGAACCAUGUGCACCAGGAAGAAGGCUAGCUCAAACACUGUUUGGUGAAGCAAGCAGUUGAGCUGGUUUUGUUCUUGUCUCCUUGGAUUGUGCAGCGAUUGGAGGACUUGGUGCAGAGGAAUGGAGUAUGAGUACAGAUGCUGCUUCUGUUGAUCUCAGAUGUACUACAAUGAAGCAAAUAAUCUACUACAGUUUGAUCUACUGCAAAUUACCGAAUCAAUUGACAGCUACUCCUGGUUAUCAAUUUGAUCUUCAUUUGCAUAAACCUGAAGGAGAGACUUGCCUUGAAGAAAAACAGGAGGAGUGUGACCCUCCUCUGCACUAAGAGGAGGGUUCAAUGUUCAAAAGCAUGGGUCUGAGCUGGACAUUGAGAGCAAGCUUGCAAACUGGAUGAAAGCAUCUCCUUGGCUGAUUGGUGCAAAUCCUCGAGAUUUGAUUAUGCCUGUUGAUGGUGAUGAUGGUUUUUAUCCUACUGGGAAUGAGCUGAAACCUGAAGUCAUAAGUUCCAGUCGCAAGUAUCGGGCCCAUGUGUUGGUUUGCGCUCCAUCCAACUCAGCACUUGAUGAGAUUGUAUUGCGUGUUCUUCAAACAGGAAUACGUGAUGAAAAUAACAACACUUACAAUCCCAAGAUUGUGCGUAUUGGAUUAAAGGCACAUCAUUCUGUCAAAGCAGUUUCCAUGGAUCAUCUUAUACAACAAAAACUUUCUGGUGUGGAUCGCUCAUCAGAUGGCAGGAGAAGUGGAGCUGGUGAAUAUGAUCGAAUUAGAGCUUCUAUUCUUGACGAAGCAGCUAUUGUAUUUUCUACCCUGAGUUUCAGUGGAUCAGCCAUUCUCACCAGGAUGACUCGUGCUUUUGAUGUUGUUAUAAUUGAUGAAGCCGCGCAAGCUGUAGAACCAGCGACUCUUGUACCCCUGGUUCAUGGAUGCAGACAAGUUUUUCUUGUUGGCGACCCAGUUCAGUUGCCAGCAACUGUAAUUUCAUCGACUGCUCAGGAGUUAGGGUAUGGAACAAGUUUGUUCAAGAGAUUUCAAGCUGCUGGUUUUCCUGUGCAAAUGCUCAAAAUUCAGUAUCGUAUGCACCCAGAGAUCAGUAUAUUCCCUUCAAAAGAAUUCUACGAAGGCAUCCUACAAGAUGGGGAGGGACUCAACAAAAAACGUCCAUGGCAUUCCUACAGCUGCUUUGGACCAUUUUGCUUCUUUGAUAUCGAUGGGGUUGAAUCCAAGCCGUCUGGAACUGGUUCAUGGGUGAACGAGGAUGAAGUGGAAUUCAUAACCCUCCUAUAUCACCAAUUGGCCACACACUAUCCAGAACUCAAAUCCAGUUCCCUAGUAGCUGUUAUAUCACCAUACAAGCAUCAGGUGAAACUCUUGAAGGACCAUUUUCGGUCGACCUUCGGCGAUCAAUCUAAGGAAGUUAUAGAUGUAAACACUGUUGAUGGAUUCCAGGGUCGUGAAAAGGAAGUUCUCAUUUUUUCAUGUGUUAGAUGCAAUAAGGAGCAAAAUAUUGGUUUUGUUUCUGAUUUCCGACGAAUGAAUGUUGCCAUCACCAGAGCUAGGUCUGCUGUACUAGUCAUUGGCUCUGCUUCAACAUUGCAGCAAGAUAAACACUGGAACAACCUUGUUGAGAGUGCCAAAGAGCGAGGGCGCUAUUUCAAGGUUUCGAAGCCAUUCACCAUGUUCUUUGCUGAGGAUAAGUUCAAAACCAUGAAGGUGGAAAGACUUGCUCCAGACACAAGGUUCUCUCAGGCAAUAGAAGCAAUUAACGAAGUUGUUGCAAGGCAAGAAGUCAUGGAUGCCGAUGAUGCUGGUGACCAAGCGGAUGGAGACGAUUAUGAUGCCAUGGAGGCUGACGAUGGAGGUGGUGAUGAUUAAUGUAGGCUACAGUGUAGUGUCAGGUCCGUUUGGAGGAAUCCUAUUGGAGGCCAGGUACAUAGGGGAGCAAAAUUUUGCCAGCUUUGGGGGGGGGGGGGGGGGGGGGGAUGUGACUGUUCUAGUAGAAUUGGAACAAAUAUAUUAACCGCGGAAUUGCACCACCUGCUUUUCUGCACUAUGCUUACAAAUAUUUUAUGUGUAUGUUAUUCAUUUAAGUCUUGUACAUGUGCUUUCAUUUGGUGAAGAAGUUAAUGGUCAGUACUUGGGCAAAGGCACAUGCGCAGACCAUCCCAUUGAGGCUGGGAUGGAUUAUAGCUGCUGUACCACUGCAAGGACCUUGACAGUGAAGAUGUCUUGCAAGAAACAUUUUCUUGAGGGCUAUAAAACGUAGUGGAAGAGGGCACCAAACCUUGCCUCCUAGGCAACCAGCAACGUAGAGGGAUAGAAUGGAGAGGCUUAAUUGGCUUGCACAGAUUUCCUGUUGUCUGAUGAACUGUGGGAUCGGGAGACAUCUGGAUAAGAGGUAGUCUCGGAGAUGUCGAUCCUCUUGGAGACCGUUAGCCCUAGAGAUGUCCAUGCUGCUGGAUUAUCCAAGGAAGCUAGGUCCAAAUUUUGGUACCUAGGACAGGGACCAAGUGGAUACGAGUGUCUGAGAAAAUGGAAGUUUUCUGCUACAAUACCUUUUUCUGGGUCAAGUACAAGAAACGACUGAAGAAGAAGCGUCAUGUGCGUGUAUGUGUGGUCAAAGAGUGUGGUACGAGUGUGGAGUAUAUCUGGUGCACCGGGGCAUUUGGUGCUACCGAUGCAUUGGACCCUUGUUGCACAUUUAAAAAUAUUCAAAAUAUCCGA